AGAGCACACACAGCCAGCAGCCCAACUGACUGACUGUCCUCGGGACGCCGGCAUGCUCUGAGCUGCAGAGAGGCUGGCUGAGGAUUGCCCAGCCCGCCCCUCUGUACGUCUGGGCGUGAGCUUCGCCCCAUCCGUCUUCGGGUCCCGCAGCGCCCACGAUAGCAAUUGCUUUUCGAUUUGGCCCUGACGUAUGUGCAUGUCAAGGCGAUUUCUCGGUCCGUUGCGUACAAUCACUUCACGCGACACUGCCUGAACUGUUGCCCGUGAGAUUUCCACUUCAUUCCGGCCAAGACGUCUGACAACCCACAAUUCCCGGCUUCCAAUCUGGGUCUGUUUUGGCUCGUUUUUCAGCUGCCUAUAAAGGGGCUCGGCCGGGCGAGGCACCACCGAGAGAGUCUCAUCACCUCUUGUCACGCCCCUCGUUUUUUUCUUCUCGGUUUUUUUUUGGGGGUUUUUUUUUUUUGCCUGCUUUAUCAGGAGAACCUCCUCGCAUACCUGCAAGAUACGCAUCGGUCAAAAUGGGCGAUCCCUUUCUUGACGAUCAAAACAUCAGCACCCGAGAUGUCGUUUUCACCCAAGCCGACGGUGACGUCCAGAAGCUCGCAUGGCGUCUCAACGGUGAGGCCUGGGCUGCACCCAUGAGCAUUGACGACUAUGUAGCCCGCGAGACACACCUGUCACAGCAGGCACUGUCCAAGGACGGACGUUGUACCUAUUGGGUCCUAUCUCACAAGGACGACCCUACUCAUAUUGUCGCUUCGUGCGAGUCGGUCGAAAAGGCCGUCUUCAUCGCCGGACAUGGCACAGGCAUCAACGAUGGCUUCAUAGAAGCAAAAGCCUACGCCAUUGCGAGUGUGUACACGAACCCAAAAUACCGGCGCUUGGGGAUGGCCGCAUAUAUGCUGGAGAAGCUGCAGGAGCAUAUGGAUGCAGACAGUGAAUGUUCCGCGCUGUACAGCGAUAUCGGGAAAAUCUACUAUGCCAACCUUGGCUGGGCCGUCUUCCCUUCAGACCAGGCCACCAUCUACUUGGAAUCAGACGACUUCAAGCUUCCAGAGCAUCCGGCCACAAGGUACCUCGCUGAGGAUGAGCUGAAGCCCUUGUGCGACAAGGACGUGGCCGCAGUCAAGGCCAAAUUCCAGACCCUCGCAGCCGACCACAAGAAGACACACGUGGCCUUCUCCCCCAGCUAUCCACAGAUCGCAUGGCAGCUGGCUCGGGAGCAGUUCAUGGCCGGUGUCCUUCACAAGCGCGAGGUCAAGCACCGGGGCGCCAUCACCAACAGCGGCAAUUCCUGGAUGUACUGGGACCACGACUGGCGCGAGGGUAAGCUCAAGAUCAUGCGCAUCGUAACGCUGGACCACGACCCGGAGACGGGUCUGAAGAUCAUGGAGGAAAAUAAGAUCGUCGAUGUUCUGGAACUGUUGCGGGCGGCGGCCGCGGAAGCGAUCGAGUGGAAGAUCAAAAAAGUUCUCAUUUGGAACCCGGAGCCGACUGUGACGCGGGGGGUCAAGGGAUUCCAUAAUUAUCACGAGGAUGACGUCGACGUCAUCUUCGAUGAGCGAUACGAGGGCUCGAUCCCGAGCUUGAGGUGGAAGGAGGGCAGGAGUACCGACAAUACGGUUUGGGAAGACAACGAUUACUACUGUUGGUGUUGAGCACUUAUUUUGGUUGGCUUUUUUGGUACGAAGCGGGCGUUUGGGAACCCUGGAUCUCAAGAAACACAGGCGGGCCAGGUCUGAUUAGGAGAGUUCAAUACCAAGCUUAUUACCUGCG